AUCAAGAAUGCAGUCACGAAGCGUUUGUUUUGUCGCGUGCGGUCUGAUGGUGCUGCUGAGCUUCGGCGUCCAAAUGGGUUCCGCCAUCAAAUGCUGGGAGUGCCGUUCCGAUUCCGACCCAAAGUGUGCGGAUCCAUUCGACAAUAGCACACUGUCCAUCACGGAUUGUAAGCAGGUGGAACGUAAGGAGCAUUUGCCCCUGGCACAAGCAACGAUGUGCCGCAAAAUACGACAAAAGGUACAUGGCGAGUGGCGAUACUUCCGGAGCUGUGCGUUCAUGGGCGAACCGGGCAUCGAAGGAGACGAACGGUUCUGCCUGAUGCGCAGCGGUACCUACAACAUCUUCAUGGAGUACUGUACCUGCAACAGCAAAGACGGUUGCAAUUCGGCAUCAUUACGCCGUCCGGCCGCGGUUCUUGUGCUGGGCGCGUUAGCGAUCUUCCUGUCGGUGAUCUUCUCUUCACGCUACCUCUCAUGAUGUCUCGUGGAACGUCGCUGACUUGGUGGCAUUUAAUCUCGCACGCCAUAGGAAAAUUUUCAACAAGUAGUCGAUAGUAAGGUGACAAAAGAGCAGCACGUGCAGGCUUAACUACAUUCCGUCCUCUAAAGAAACAGGAAUCUCCCGUCAGUAUUCGAAGCAGCUUCUUCGUCUACUCUCAUUCGUUUUAUUCCAUAUGAAGCA